AUGGCGCAAUCCCCGCCAAUCUAUGAGGGCUCACGCAAAGUGGGCCCAAACCUGUUUCAGGGAUUAAGCUCCGACACAUACGACUGCUCAUCCAUGGAUGAAAAUGGUUUCAAAAAACCUAGGAGCGAGAGGAAAAAGGAGAAAUCCAAAAAGAAGAAAGAGCAGAAAACGAAGAGCGAAGUAGAAGCGAAGAAGGAUGGGGAAAAUCCAAAAGCAGAGCCCAUGGACGACGAAGCAGAGCAGGCAGUCAGAGGCACCACCAAACGAGCCAAAGAGAGUGAAGCUAACGAAGACAUGAAAGAGAAGUUACUAAAGACGAAUGAACAAGAAGAGAUGAGAAAGAUGCUAGAGGCGAUUACGGCAGAGAGAGACCAACAAAAGGCCGAAAACGAGAGAUUGAUGAUCAAAAUCUCUCAACAACAAGAAGCGAUGCUGAAAAUGCAAGCCCAAUUGGAUGCCCUGCUAGAACAACAAAGAACAAUGACAGAACUCUUACAGAAUCUCCAACAGACGCCAGUCACUUGA